AACGCUCCAGACGGAGCGCCCCAUAUGAUUUUGGAGCUCCAAUCACCACCUGCCCUCCGCCGGCGCCGCCGCCGCUCACUCUGCGCGCAAACAUGGCGAGAGCGGAGCGCCGUCCAAACCAGAGGACGCCGUUUAAAUACAAACAGUAGCUUCCCGUUCAUGGAGAGGAGCGGCCCAGGUCCUGAGGAGGGGAAACGGAGCUCCUUCACCGCAGAAAACACGCCGCCGGAUCGCGAUGCUGAUAGUGGAGAAGACUGCUGACCACCCGUCCGUGGAGUACUCUGUGGUGGAGGAUGUGGCCCUCCACUGUACCUUCCUGAUGGACCGCCUGAAUGAGCAGCGGCUGCUCCAGCCGGACCUGUGUGACGUGGACAUUGUGCUGCUGCGCCACAAGGCCACCUUCCAGGCCCACAAAGGUGUGCUGGCGGCCUACAGCCCCUUCUUCCACUCGCUCUUUGCCUCCAGCAAGGAACUGCAGCGUGUGGAGCUGUCGCUGGAGGCCCUCCGGCCGCAGGGCCUGCUGCAGAUCCUCAACUUCAUCUACACCUCCAAGCUGCUGGUGAACUGCGGGAACGCACAGGAUGUGCUCCGUGCCGCCACCGUGCUACAGAUGAGCAACAUCGCCUCAUCCUGUCGUGAGCUGAUGUCCCGUGGCUCACUGCCUUCUCGGUCCACUAGUGCCACGGAACAGACCAAGCAGCAGGAUGGCAGCAGCAGCAAAGCUUGGAGCAACGGAAACAGCAGCAGUGGGAGCAGUUUAUCAGCAGGGUCUGCAGGUUCCAACUUCUACAUGGAGAUCAAGCAGGAGCAGGACCUGUCCAGUGCCAAGAUCUUUGCGGGGAAAAGUGAGAGGACGCCGUACGCUGUCCAGAUCGGAGAUGGGCCGGCAGGACAGGUGUGUAAGGUGGAGGGCAAAGUGGAGGUGCCGAUGGACUCAGAAGAUCUUGCGGCCUUCAACCGAGAGCAAAUAAUCGUGGAGCUUAAUCUGAACAACCAGACCCUCAACGUCUCCAAAGGUCUGGAGGGGGGCAGCUCGUCCCCUGUCGCAAAUCCUUCUGGUUUCAGUAUGGAGGAGAAGGAUGAAAGAGAUUCGUUAGAAGAGGAAGAUCAAAGCGAGCUUGAGGACGAGGUGCUGGGAGGUACCAGCGAUGAAGAUGCUGGGCAGAUGCCACAUUGUGACAUCAGUCUGCCAGAGUUCCUCCCUCAAAGACCCCAUAGGCAAACUAGGACCCCUGUGGACCCCAUGGCUACAGUUACAAUGAGAACGAGUAUGAGAGUAAGGCGAGGCUUGAGUGGAGACGAUAGUGGUCAUGAUGCUGAGGAUGUGGAGAAAGAGGAGGGACUUGGGCUGGAUGCACCAGUAGGGGAGAGGCGGAGCUUUUCCUGCACAAGAUGCCCGCGGGUCUUCACCAAUGGCUGGGACAUGGAGAAGCAUGCGAGCAUGGCACACAGCCACAUGCAGGUGUGUGACAAGUGUGGCAAGCGCUUUCUGCUGAACAGUGAGCUGGUGCUGCAUCAGCAGACGGACUGUGAGAAGAACAUUCAGUGUCUCACAUGUGGGAAAGACUUCAAAAAGCUUUGGUCGCUGCAUGAGCACAAUAAAAUUGUCCAUGGCUAUGCUGAGAAAAAGUUCACCUGCGAGAUAUGCGAGAAAAAGUUCUUUACCAUGGCUCAUGUUCGCAAACACAUGAUUGCUCACACAAAGGAGAUGCCGUUCACCUGCGAGACGUGUGGGAAGUCUUUUAAACGGAGCAUGUCUCUGAAAGUCCACUUUCUCCAGCAUUCAGGAGAAAAGCCCUUCAGGUGUGAGAAUUGCAACGAGCGUUUCCAGUACAAGUACCAGCUGCGGUCUCAUAUGAGUAUCCACAUCGGACACAAGCAGUUCAUGUGCCAGUGGUGUGGAAAAGACUUCAACAUGAAGCAGUACUUCGAUGAGCACAUGAAGACCCACACAGGAGAAAAGCCAUACAUAUGUGAGAUCUGUGGCAAGAGCUUCACCAGUCGGCCCAACAUGAAGCGGCACCGGCGCACUCACACCGGAGAGAAGCCGUACCCGUGUGAGACGUGCGGCCAGCGCUUCCGCUUCUCCAACAUGCUCAAAGCCCACAGAGAAAAGUGCUUUCCAGUCAGCAACCCACCGCCAUCCGAGGCCCUCCUCCCGGAGUUUGACCCCGCCUCCAUCACAAGUCAAGCUGCAACCAGUCAGGUCCCUUUAUUUCCAGUGGGAGUGGAGCCUUGUAAGGACUCUGGUGGUCUGUCUGCUCAUCCAGCGGUGCCACAGUACCCCUCACCCUCUCAUCUGCUUCCUCUACCACCUCUGUUCCCCACCUCAAGGACCGACUCUAGCGAGGCCUAGCCAGUGUUCUGUGUUCCUAACAAAACUACAGGUACAUCACGAGUAACAUGCUUUUAUAUAUAUAUGUGUGUGUGUGUGUGUGUGUGUGUGUUAGGGAUGGGCAUUUUCAAUAUGCGUAAAUAAAUAAUUAAACAAUAACCUCAUUAGCCUUUUAAUAAAUGUUGUUUAUGUUGUUUGGGCAGUAACAGCAUACAAUACAAUAUAUAAUACAAUUUUCCUUCUGCAAUUAUUAACCUGUCCAUGCUCCACCCAUAAGCAUAUUCAAUUAUAGAUAUUGAAACGUUAGCGACAAUCCUGUUCAAAUUAAUUAUAACAAAAUUGUACCAUAUUGUGUCGUAUACGGGUGAUAUUUUUCCUAUACACGACCCUGGAAAAAAAUCAGAGACCACUUUAAUUUCUGAAUCAGUUUCUCUGACUUUGCUAUUUAUAGGUUUAUGUUUGAGUAAAAUGAACAUUGUUGUUUUAUUUUAUAAACUUGCCUUAUAUCAAUAUAUUUUAUUUACUUUAUGUAAUGUCUUGUUAAGAAGUUUUAAAUGCAUAUGCAUGUUUUAUGAAGUCUCUAUGUAUGUUUGUAAAAUCAUCCUUUCCUAAAGAUGAAUUACUCUCCUGGAUCACCACUGCUACACUCCACAAACCAGACUUUAAAAAGGCUUGAAUCUCAAUGUCUAUAAGCGUUGUUGAGCUAGACAUCUAAGACUACAUCUACCUACCUCUGUAACCUCAUUUAACUGUGUUUUUCUAUUCAGAACCACGUUUGCAUCAAUCUCAUGUCAUUAAGCACUUCAUUUUUGAUGCCCAUCCCUAACGUGUGUGUGUAGGUGGGUGUGUGUGUGUGUGUGUAUUAUAUCAAUCUCUCCUGUUAUGUAAUCUGUACAGCUAGAGGGAAAACAUUAUGUUGUCCUUUUAUAUAGUGAAAAUCACCUGUGCCAAUUUUUGGUAGUACAGUAUAUAUAAUUCUGUAUCAAAUGUAAAAUAGUACAGAACAACUGACACUAACAAUAACAUUGAGGUAUUUAUAGAAUUAUAGCUCUAUUUGCAAUAUCUUAAAAUAUAUAUGUAUAUUCAAUGUACUACAGAAUUCUAGCUAUUGUUAAUCACUCUAGAGAUCACUUGUCUAGCAUCACAGAUGUUUAACAGAUGUUUCAGCAUUCCAAAGUGAGUCCACAAUAAAAUGCAGUUCCCGUUCGACAUGCAGUCUAAAACUAA